AGCAUACUAACAUCUGGACUGAAAAUUGCAUUACUGUGUGAUAAAAUGACCAAUGACUAAUGUAACUAGCGGAUAGUUUGUAGGAUGCCGCCAAAAGUGGAAUAAAGACACGACAUCGGAGCAAAUGGUUGCAUCACUAAACAACUUUUAUACAGCUCAAGUUUGGCGGAAUAUUCAAGCCCGUUUAUUAUCUUCUCCUAAGACUAGUUUGACAUUAGGUCUACGUAGUAAAAGACACCAACCCAGGAGUAAAAACCUGAUCAAAAUUAGAGCAAUGAAUUUAGAAGAAUUAAAAGAGCAUCUUCCACAUUCAAACAAAACCAAGUUUACCAUUGCUGUAGAAGGUAACAUUGGAAGUGGCAAAACAACCUUGCUCCAGCAUUUCCAACAGCUUCCAUAUUGUCAGGUAAUUGGAGAACCUUUGGACAAGUGGACAGAUAUCAAGGGGCAUAAUGCACUUGCUUUGUUGUAUGAAGAUUCAGAACGCUGGAGUUUCACUUUCAAUAUGUUUGCUCAGUUGACUAGAGUACAGAUGCACAACCAGCCCCACAAUCCUUCAAGGCCAAUAAAAAUGCUGGAAAGAUCUUUGUACAGCACUCGUUAUUGUUUUGUCCAGAACAGUUACCUGGAUAAAACAAUCAAUGGCUUUGAGUAUUCUGUCCUGAACCAGUGGUUUGAUUAUCUUGUUUCAUCUGGGAAUGCUCCAGUUGAUCUGAUAGUUUAUCUGAGAGCCAGCCCUGAAAACUGCUAUGAACGUCUGAAGAAAAGAUGUAGGAGAGAGGAAGUUGGAGUGCCAUUUGCUUUUGUUGAGUCUCUUCACAAACUGUAUGAUGAUUGGCUCCUAAAGCAGAAAUUUCCUGUACCUGCGCCAGUCUUGCUACUUGAUGCGAAUUUUGAUCUGGACACAAUGAAAGAAACUUUUGAAACAAGAAGACAGGAAAUCUUGUGUGGGUACAGCUAACAUUGGGUUGUAGUUUGGCAUUACUAGCCAAUUGCGGAUAUACAGCUGUUUGGCUUAUGAUCUCAGGUCAUUUGAUUUCACUUGACAUUCUCAGUGCACUGAAAUGGUUGGUAUCUUCAGUCCUAAUGAAAGAACUUAGUGUGCCCAGAUUAUAAACUUGGGAAGUAGAUCUUGUACUUUAACAGAUUCUGCCUACUUUUUAUUUGUUCUCACUUGACAUCCUCAGUGCACUGAAAUAGUGUAUCUUCAGUCCUAAUGAAAGAACUUGGUGUGCCCAGAUUAUAAACUUGGGAAGUAGAUCUUGUACUUUAACAGAUUCUGCCUACUUUUUAUUUGUUCACUCUGCAUAUUCACACCUGUAGUGUGACAGUCUGUUUGAUUGUGGGCAGCAUUUUUAGAGCAUAUAGAAGAAAUGUGACUGCCUUGUAUUGUUCUGCUUUGAUGAUUAUUUAAUUUUCAUAAUAGUUAAUGUCAUUUUAUUUUGUUAGAGUCUGUUUUAAUCAGAGCUUCUUGCUUUUAGCCUUUUCCACCUUGGCAUUAAACAUUAUUUGCACUAACAAAUUAUGGGGACAUUUUAAGACCCGCUCAUCUUAACUGUUCUAAGUGUAAGGGGCUACCUGACUGGGCAUUGAUGUUUCUUUACUUCUGUACAAGAACGGCAUUAAUGUAUCUUUACAUUCAGAAUGUAUUAAUUAUAUGAAGUAUUGUUUAUAAGUUCUCCCAUUAUGCUAGAAAACGUGCCAUGUCCAUACUACUAUUGUGUUCAUAUUUUUACAAUUUGUUUUUCCAUUACAAUGUAAUAAAAUUAGUUUCCUGAUGUCUUAUAGAAUAUAAUAUUUAAUAAUUGUAAAUGGUGUUUUGACCUUAAAGAGUUAUGCAUUUACAGAAAAGAAUGAUAAAACAUCACCACUAGAAAUGUAUGCAUGGUUUUUAUUUUAUUGAGGUCUUCAUUAUUUUCUAUUAUGACAUGAACAAUGUAAACACAUAUCCUUUUUAAUUUUCUGCUUAUGCACAAAAUAGCCUGUAGAAUAAUCAUAUUUCUUACAUGAACAAGUACAUUGUGUCAUCUAUACAUGGGGCAUUGCAUCUGGCAUUUCCUUCCUGUAUUCAGAUUUUUUUUUGUAUUAAAGCAAAGAAAAGUACUUUAACUGUAUAAGUCUAAGUCAAAAUAAAACUCAAGUACAAAUUA